UACGACAAAAUAUAAAUUGUUUUCGCAGAUCAGGACAAAUUGCAACUUUUAAUUUUUUUGAGUACGCCAAAUUAAAGGUAUAAGCAACAAAGGGCUUUUAUUAAAGAUGUUGCGCAAAGUUGGACGGCAGCUAGGCCAGCAAGUUAGCAUGCAGGUGCGCUAUUCAGUUAGCCGCAUGUUGGCCACCUCCAAUGCACUGAACAAAGAUGCAGCAGCUGAUGCGAAAGCGGAGCCAACACCUCCAAAGAAUAUUCUUAUAGAAAAGGACAAAAAUAUUACGUUAAUCGGAAUCAAUCGUCCACAACAGCGCAAUGCAAUCGAUUCAAUUACCGCCUCCCAGCUCUGCGACGCCUUUUCCGCCUUCGAGGCUGACGACACCUCGCCGGUGGCGGUGCUCUAUGGUGUGGGUGGAUCAUUUUGUUCGGGCUUCGACAUUCUUGAGAUGAGCACCGACGAGAAGGAGGAAAUAAGCGUGGAUAUACUUAUGCGUCCUGAGGGAUCUGUAGGUCCAACACGUCGCCAGAUCAAGAAGCCUGUCGUUUGUGGAAUAAAUGGCUACUGCAUAGCGAAUGGCCUGGAACUCGCACUAAUGUGUGAUUUACGAGUCAUGGAGGAGUCAGCUGUGCUGGGAUUCUUCAAUAGACGCUUUGGAGUGCCUAUGCUCGAUGGUGGCACUGUGCGACUGCCCGCCAUGAUUGGACUGUCCCGCGCACUGGACUUGAUACUUACCGGACGUCCGGUGGGUUCACAAGAGGCACACGAUAUUGGCCUAGUCAACCGUAUUGUGCCCACAGGCACGGCCCUGGGUAAUGCACUCGAGCUGGCUAACUGCCUGUCCAAGUUCCCGCAGCGUGCGCUCAAUCAUGAUCGCAAUUCCGUGUACUCUGCUGCGUUUGAGACGUCAACUUUCCAUCAGGCUGUGCAGAAUGAAGUGAUGUACACGUCUCGCGAAAUAAUCGAGGAUAUGCAGAACGGUAUUAAGUGGUUUAAUCAUACCUUCAAAGCCGACACGACACACUCGUGGCUAAAACGCGAUCGAUCAAUGGCCGAUUGGGAUGAUGAGGAUGUGGCAGUCGCCGCUGCUCAAAAGGAGACAAAGAAACAGGAGGAGGAAGCUGCUGCUCUUGAGGCUGAGAAGCAGAAGCAAGCAGAGAAGGCACUUAAGAAAGCCAAAAAGACGGAAAAAUCGGAGCCUAAGGCUGAAGAUAAGUGUACCCCAAAGGAAACGGAGAAAAACAGUGAAAACCCGGAGUCGACUGACGAGCCAAAGAAGAAAUAAACUCGACUUUAUUAAGGAUAAAUUGAAAAGCUGUGUAUAUACAUAUAAGAACAUCCUCACAUGCAGUUCAGAACUGACCAACUUGAAUUUGUUAAAUUAUUUAAAUACAUACAAACCAUAAACGAA